AUGGAAAGAAGGCAGAGAGAGAAUGUCCCGGCAUUCAGAAGGCAAGUACUGCUUCUCUCAUUAUUGUCUUUCUCUGGCUGGGCUGCUUCGGAGCAGAUUCAGUAUUCCAUACCCGAAGAGAUGCCAAAGGGUUCUAUUGUAGGGAAUCUUGCCAAGGAUUUGGGUCUGAAUGCCAAAGAACUAGCAAAGCACAACCUUCAUUCUGUCUCUGUGGCUAAAAUGAAGUAUUUCGGUAUCAGUCCAGAGAAUGGAAAUCUCUAUGUAAAUGACAGGAUAGACCGAGAGGAAAUAUGUGGAAAGAAUCAACUUUGCUUUGUUAAUUUUGAGGCUGUGAUUGAAAACCCUUUGAAUAUUUUCCAUAUGACUGUAACAAUCCAAGAUGUUAAUGACAAUACACCACAGUUCCAAAAUGAAAAUAUCAAGCUAGAAAUAAUUGAAUCCACUAUGACAGGCACCAGAUUUCUUCUUGGAAAAGCUGAAGAUCCAGACAUUGGGGUAAAUUCUCUCCAAAAUUACCAGCUUAGCCCCAACCAGUAUUUCACGUUGGAAGUUAGAGAGAGUCAAGAUAGAAACAAAUAUGCAGAACUAGUGCUAAGCAAACCAUUAGAUCGUGAAAAGGAACAGACCCUCCACAUCACACUUACAGCCCUGGAUGGGGGUGAACCUAGAAGAACGGGAACUGCCCAGAUAUGGGUUAAUGUCACUGAUGCCAAUGACAACCCACCCAUCUUCACUCAAGAGGUCUACAAGGUUAGUUUGAGGGAAAAUAUUGCAGUGGGGACUUCUGUGCUCCAGGUUGUAGCUUCUGAUAAUGAUGAGGGUUCUUAUGCCGAGAUCAAAUAUCAUUUCAGCAAUAUACCAUUGAAUGCCCAUCAGAAAUUCAAUUUGAAUCCCAACAAUGGCAUGAUCGCUGUAACAGAGCCAUUGGAUUUUGAACAAACUGAAGAAUAUACUAUGACAGUGGCAGCAAAAGAUGGGGGAGGAUUAGAGACACAUUGCAACAUUGAAAUAAGGAUUAUUGAUGAGAAUGACAACUCCCCAGAGGUGACUCUGGUUUCCUUAUUUAGCCCCAUUCUUGAGAAUUCUGUACCUGGAACCUUAAUAGCUCUGAUCAAUGUAAAUGACAAAGACACUGGCGAUAAUGGAAAGGUUACUUGCAGUUUACAAAAUCAUAUGCCAUUCAAGAUUCUGGCAUCUUCUAAUAAUUAUUACAAGCUUCAGACUGACAGCCCCUUAGACCGAGAAAAACAUUCUGAGUAUAAUAUUACAAUUACAGCCACUGACAAAGGGAAUCCCCCUAUGUCAACACACAAAACCGUCUCAGUACAGAUCUCUGAUAUCAAUGACAAUUCCCCUGCUUUUGAGAAAUCUUCCUACAUCAUCUAUGUGCCAGAAAACAAUCCUUCUGGUGCUUCCAUUUUCACUAUCAAAGCCUUGGACCCAGAUGUGGACCAAAACUCACAAAUCACAUAUUCCAUCCUCCACAGUAACAUUGAGAAGCUCCCCAUUUCUUCGUAUAUCUCCAUUAACUCUGAGACGGGAACUCUCUAUGCCCAGAGGUCCUUUGACUACGAACAGUUCAGAGAGUUCCAGUUGCAAGUGAAGGCCCAAGAUGGUGGUUCUCCCCCUCUCAGCAGCAAUGUCACAGUGAGGGUGUUCAUCAUGGAUCGGAAUGACAACAGUCCACGGAUCCUGUCCCCUUCACAAGAAGCCAAGGGCUCAGCCUUGUUUGAGAUGGUACCUCGUUCUGCUGAGGCAGGAUAUCUGGUCACAAAGGUGGUGGCCGUGGAUGCUGAUUCUGGACACAACAAUGAAAAAUCAAUCCAGCAGCCCUGA